CUUGGAGCGGCGUUUACUACCGUGACUUGUCAACAGAGGUCGGGCCGAGGCCAUGGUGGGAGACUCUUAUUGUGAAGGCCAGAAAAGGCCGGGUACAAUGCUGCUUAGUCAUGGUGUUGGAUGAGCUGACUGUUUCCUAGUAAAUAUAGGGGUGUGUCUACUACGAAAGCUACCUAAAACCUUCUCCCCGGCUUCCCUUUCGAAAACUAUUCUUGAUACACUUUUGACACACAACUCCCAGCUUUAUAAAAAACAAAAAAACAAAACAUUUUCCCACCUCCAUGAGUAUUCAAAUAAUGCUGUGAGUUUAUUUUACCCUUCUUUCCUGUUGUUGGACUACGUUUUUAAGGAGCGUGUUUUAAAGGCUGAUCCUUGAAUGGGACAAAUAGCCUGAAUUGGUUCUCAUUCUUUGUUUCUUUUUUCCCUGGUAGUCAGAGGAAUGUUCAAGAUUUACAAUGUCGGUGCAAAGUCAUGGAACAGUCUAUCCAGCCAUGCGGUCUCCAGUAACUCCAUAAUGAGUCGCACAGCUUGACACAGGUACUGAACUCAUCUAAGGAGUCAUUGCAUGUGCGUGAAUUUGGAUAGCAGUCCAUAGCUCCAAACACCUGGAUCCAUCUCCAACCCCAAGUUCCUGAUUUCACCCAUGCUUCCCUACGGUGCGAUGGUACCCUCUAACGCUUUCUGUGCGAGAGAAUAAGGAGGUGGAGCUAAGGUAGGAAAUGUCAGAGUGCCUGACAGAAUGCAAAGCGCUGGUAACUCCAUCCACGCGCAACGGCCACCGCGUCCUCAGCUACACGCUCAAGAGCCACACGGCCGCCGCCUUUGCCAUCAUGAACGAGCUGCGUCUGGAUCGCCAGCUCUGCGACGUGACGCUCCGUGUGCGCUACAAAGAUCUGGAGGCUGUGGAUUUUGUGGCUCACAAGGUGGUGCUGGCCUCGUCUUCGCCCGUCUUCAGGGCCAUGUUCACCAACGGCCUGAAGGAGUGCGGCAUGGAGCAGGUGCCCAUCGAGGGCAUCCACCCCAGGGUCAUGGACCGACUGAUAGAGUUUGCUUAUACAGCCAGCAUUUCAGUCGGAGAGAAGUGCGUGAUCCACGUGAUGAACGGCGCCGUCAUGUACCAGAUAGAUAGCGUUGUGAAGGCCUGCUGUGACUUCCUUGUCCAACAGCUGGACCCCAGCAACGCCAUUGGCAUUGCCAGUUUUGCGGAGCAAAUUGGCUGCACAGAGCUGCACCAGAAGGCCCGGGAAUACAUCUAUAUGAACUUCAGCGAGGUGGCGACCCAGGAGGAGUUCUUUAACUUGACUCACUGCCAGCUUGUGACCCUCAUCAGCCGUGAUGAGCUCAAUGUCCGCUGUGAGUCUGAAGUCUUCCAGGCAUGCGAGGCCUGGGUGCGUUACGAUCGAGAGAACCGGCGGCCAUAUGUCCAGGCCUUACUCCACGCUGUCCGCUGCCAUUCCUUGACUCCCAACUUCCUAAAAGCUCAGCUCCAGUCUCUGGACUGGGACCCCCAGUGUAAAGACUACCUUGCCCAGAUCUUCCAGGACCUAACCCUGCACAAACCCACCAAGGUCAAUUCUUGCCGAACCCCCAAGGUGCCACAGCUCAUCUACACGGCCGGCGGCUACUUCAAGCAGUCCCUCAGCUACCUAGAAGCGUAUAAUCCUUGUACGCAGGACUGGCUAAGGCUAGCUGACCUGCAGGUACCUCGCAGUGGCCUAGCCGCCUGUGUCAUCAGUGGGCUUUUUUACGCUGUGGGCGGGAGGAACAACGCCCCUGAUGGCAACAUGGACUCAAAUGCGCUGGAUUGCUACAACCCAAUGAACAACUGCUGGUUGCCCUGUGCACCCAUGAGCGUGCCCAGAAACCGAAUAGGAGUAGGUGUCAUCGACUGCAUGAUUUAUGCAGUGGGCGGAUCGCAUGGGUGUAUUCACCAUAAUAGUGUGGAGAGGUACGAUCCAGAAAGGGACCAAUGGCAGCUGGUAGCCCCUAUGUUGACGCGGCGCAUCGGUGUGGGCGUGGCGGUCAUCAACCGGUUGCUCUUUGCUGUGGGCGGCUUUGACGGGGUCAGUCGACUCCGCUCGUGCGAGUGCUACAACCCAGAAAAGGACGAGUGGAAGACCAUGGCCUCCAUGAACACCACACGCUCUGGAGCGGGUGUAUGCGCGCUGGGGAAUCAAAUUUUCGUGAUGGGCGGCUAUGAUGGCACUAACCAGCUGAACACCGUGGAAUGCUACAAUGUAGAAACGGAUACAUGGAGCUGCGCUGCCUCUAUGAGGCACCAACGCAGCGCUCUGGGAGUCACUGCGUUACAUGGACGCAUCUAUGUGUUGGGCGGUUACGACGGCCAAACGUUCUUGGACAGCGUGGAGUGUUACGACCCCGAGGAGGACACUUGGUCAGAAGUGACGCGCAUGACAUCAGGACGUAGCGGUGUCGGCGUGGCCGUUACCAUGGAGCCGUGCCAGAAUCUCCUACCUCGGAGUCCUACACCCGAGCGGGAGAAUGGUGGAGUCGUGCACCACAUACAGCGACACAGUACACUGUAAACCCCGUAUCGCUCCCUACACACACAAACACAACUUAGCUGAAGUUAAAACAUCUGAAUGCUGCCUUAUGGAUUCCGGAACACCAAGUCAGUAUUAUAUUAAAAGAUCAGCGUCGGUAUAAUCAAUCCUGAACAAGCUCUGUCAUCUGGCAAACCUCAGUCUGUCUGUGUGCUUACAUCUGGUAUUUGGAGUCCUCCAGCAGAACUUCGCCUCCCAGAUUUGACCUUUGACUAAAAAGGGCUGCAUACACUUGAUUUAAAAUUACAGACAUUUUUCACAUCAUCUCGUUUAGUACAAAGUGGCUGUUUGUUGUCACUUUUGGGUGUUUUAAGUGCCAUCACCCUGCAUCGCCACACACUCGUAUCCACUUUUCUCAUCCCAAAUCCCAGCACAAACCCACUUAAAUUUGAUUGGAAGCGCUAAAAUCACCUUAUAAACAUCCUUCUAUUAGGUUGCAAGUCCUAAUUUAAUUAUCACUCAUACAUUUUGCCGUUUUAACCCUGUUCUGAUGCUUCUACUUUCCACAGUGCAUAUUCAACAAGUGGUUUAUGUCACACGGCUUCGAAAUGACAUUCUUUUGCAAGAGAAGCAGUCCAACAGGUAAAACCUGUCUUUUAUGUGACGCUAAGAAUCCUGAUGGUGACUUCAAUGAGUGACAAUUAAUACUGUAGUUUCUUGCGGAUUUUCCUUUUUAUAAAAAAUCAAAAACAUCUGGACAGUUGACUUGGUUUUCUCUUCCACCAAACUUCAAAAAGUGACCAUGUUUGUCAGAAGUGUUCAACUAUUAAACACUAAUGACGUAUUUGUAACAGCCGUUUAAGCUACAAUUGUUUGUAAGUGAUGUUUUGUACACUGAUAUUCAAACAGAAAUUUAAAUUCUUAAUUUAUUCUUGUUCCUCUUAACUGACAAAAGCUUUGUAUUGAAAUGGACUCUGGUGUUGUGUGUUUUUUUUGUUCUGUUUUUCCAAAACAAGCAUGUGUUGUAGCUGAGUAAGAAUGCAUGUUUGUAAAGAAUUUGUUUCACUUUGUAAGGGAUUUCUUUUUUUCUUUUCUUUUUUUGGCCAUCUGUAGUUGGGGUGGGCAUUUAAGAGUAUUUCAAAUCGGCUUUGUACAUUUUUCCAACAAAAUCAUGUACAAUAAUUGAUAGUAAAGACAAAUAUGUUUAUUGUA